AUGGACAGCCUUAAACCCCUACAAGAGCAAUUAGAAAAGGUUAUCCUCGACCCUCGUUACCACGACCCUUUAGUGCUCGUCAAAGCGAUCCGCAAUGGCCUCGUCUACGGUACCAAAGUCCGCUUCCCCCACGCUCUGGUCAUGGUCUUCUUGUUCCGCUCUGGGACGUUACGAGAGAAGCUAUGGCUCAUUUUCAAGGCGACGCGGCAACACGCCAUGAAUCUUGCCAAGUUCGCGCUUCUGUACAAGAGCAGCAUGCUGGCACUGAAGUCGUUGAACGGCGGCAAAGAGGAAAGCGUGCACACGUUCCUCGCCGGCCUAUUCGGCGGUUACUGGGUCUUUGGCCACGGUCGCUCGGCGAGGAGUUCUGUCAAUCAACAGAUCGUGAUAUAUGUCUUUGCACGGGUGGCGUUAGCACUGGCGAAGUUAGCUGUGCAGCCACCCGGAGACAACAGCUUGAUCGGCGGGAGCUACGGCGGGCAUGGAGGCAAGGGCUGGCUUGGGCUGAACGAAAAGCAGCUCGACCUCGUGCGGCGGAACAGCUGGCCCGUCUUUGCCUCAGUAAGUUGGGCAAGCGUGAUGUGGCUGUUCCGACACUAUCCGGAGACGCUCCAGCCCAGUCUGAGGAGCAGUAUGACCUAUAUAUACGAUAACGCGGAGAAAUGGGAAGAUGCAAGAUCGUUCCUGUGGCAUAAUAAAUGA